AUGGCAUCCGACCACUUUAUUCUCCUUCUCUUCUUUGCUCUUCCUCUCACAUUACCAUCAACUACUUUCGCUCUUCCUUCAACUGUUGUCGAUGUUUCUUCACUCAACCGAAGUAGUUUUCCAACAGGUUUCGUUUUUGGAACAGCAUCAGCAUCGUACCAGUAUGAAGGUGCGGCAAAAGAAGAUGGAAGAGGACCAAGUAUAUGGGACGCAUUCACCCACAAAUAUCCAGAAAAAAUAAGAGAUAGAAGUAAUGGAGAUGUGGCAGUUGACCAAUAUCAUCGCUACAAGGAAGAUAUUGAGAUAAUGAAGAAUAUGAAUCUGGAUGCAUAUAGAUUCUCCAUCUCUUGGUCUAGAAUCCUACCAAAAGGAAAGCUGAGUGGAGGUAUAAACAAAGAAGGAAUCGAUUAUUACAACAGGUUUAUCGAUAAUUUGCUAGCCGAAGAUCUAGAACCAUAUGUGACACUUUUUCACUGGGAUCUUCCCCAAGCUUUAGAAGAGGAGUAUGGAGGCUUCUUAAGUCGUCACAUUGUAGAUGAUUUUGAAGAGUAUGUGGAAGUGUGUUUCAAAGAAUUUGGAGAUAGGGUGAAGUAUUGGAUUACUUUAAACGAACCAUAUACUUUUAGUAGGGGUGGUUAUGCCAUUGGAUUGUCUGCACCAGGUCGAUGUUCUGAAUGGCUAAAUCCAAACUGCACCGGUGGUGAUUCAGGAACAGAACCUUAUUUAGUUUCACAUAAUCAGCUACUUGCUCAUGCAGCAGCUGUCAAACUUUACAAGAACAAAUAUCAGAAAUUACAAAGGGGCUUGAUAGGCAUUACAAUAGUGUCUCAUUGGUUCAAGCCAAUUUCAAAUAAAAAAUCAGAUAAAGAAGCUGCUCAACGAGCUAUUGACUUCAUGUAUGGAUGGUACAUGGAACCAUUGACAUCAGGAAAGUAUCCAGAAAACAUGCGUACCUUAGUCGGUAAAAGAUUACCAGAAUUUACUAAAGAAGAAGCAAAACUUCUUGCUGGUUCAUUUGAUUUUCUUGGAUUAAACUAUUACACCGCUUUCUAUGUUUCCGAUGCACCCAAAACCAAACCUAAUUAUGAGACAGAUUCCAAUGCCAGACUUUCAUCAUUUCGCAAUGGCGUUCCAAUUGGUCCAUCGAGUGGUUCUGGUUGGCUAUAUGUUUAUCCCAUAGGAAUUAGAGAAGUGUUGCUCUAUACAAAAGAAAAGUACAAGAAUCCUUUGAUUUACAUAACUGAAAAUGGUAUAAGUCAAUUAAACAAUCCAGCACUAUCGUUACAGGAAGCCCUUCAAGAUAUAUACAGAAUUGACUAUUACUAUCGUCAUCUCUAUUACGUAAAAUCAGCAAUUAGUGAUGACGUAAAGGUAAAAGCGUAUUUUGCAUGGUCGUUAUUAGACAACUUUGAAUGGGGUGACGGUUAUUCGGUGCGGUUCGGAAUACAUUACGUGGAUUAUAAGAAUGGCUUGAAGCGAUAUCAAAAGCUCUCUGCUAAAUGGUUCAAGAACUUUCUUCGCAGGUCUUAGACUGUAGACACACUCUUA